UAACUAAUUUAAUAUUUAAGGUAUUUAUUUAAAUUUAUUACUUAAUUUAUAUAUCAUAUCAAUAUAAACAUCAAAUUGAGUAUUUGAAAUGGUUAUAUAUUUUAAAUAUUUAUAUUGACUAUUAAUUUUAAACUUUACGGGUAUUCAUUCGGGUUUGAUUAAUAACACUUAAUGUUUAGACAUAUUUUGUACCACCCUACAAGAUCCGUUCGGAUCGGAUAACGGUCGGAUUCGGUUUGGAUUUUGGAUUCCAGAUUUUAUGUCCAGCUCGAAUAACAGUAUAACGCUGACUUAUCAGAAAAUAAUUUAAAAUUUCUGUAGGAAAAAUCAAAUAAAACGAGUCAAAAUAGAGUAAAGUAAAUAGAGAUGCAAAGUUGUUUGAAAGAUAAAUUGGAGAACGAAAACAAUGAAACAAAGCUUUCAAACUGACAGGAAAACUACCCGAGAUUUAAUCGAAGUAAUGGACUUACCUCAAAACAUAAUAUCUUCACACACAAAGAGACAUACGUUACAUCAUAGCAAUGAAUAAACCGGAGCCUUGUGUCAAAUAAUUAUCCUCCACAUAAAAAAAUUAUCAUACAUAUUUUCAUAAUGAAGUUGAUCAUUAGCUGUAAAGCACAAAUUCAGUGAAACUAUUUGAGAAACAGAAAACACAGAUGAAACAAUUAGAAAAAAAACAAUGGCAAUCUCUCUCUAUCUCCUAUACCUUGUAGUCCUUACCCUAGCCUCAAUAAUUUUCCUUAAACUGUUCAAACAAUCAAACUCCAAACUUCCUCCGAGUCCUCCAACGCUUCCAAUCAUCGGAAACUUACAUCAGCUUGGAGAAUUGCCACAUCAGUCUCUAUGGAGACUCUCCAAAAAGUAUGGUCCAGUGAUAUUUAUGAAGCUUGGUACAGUCCCAAUGAUCGUAGUUUCUACUCCUGAUACAGCAAGACAAGCCCUAAGAGUCUUUGACCUUAAUUGUUGUAGCCGUCCAUCAUUAGCAGGCUCAAGGAAGCUCUCUUACAACUACAAGGACAUCGCUUUCUCUCCGUUUGAUGAUUACUGGAAAGAAAUAAGGAAGCUCUCUGUUCAAGAACUCUUUAACAUCAAACGUGUUCAUUCGAUUCAACCCAUCAAAUACGAGGAGAUGAGGAAACUGAUGACUUCACUCGCUGAAUCAGCCUCUAAGAAAUCUAUAGUUAACAUGAGCGAGAAGCUUCUUUCUUUAACAGCUGGCGUGGUGUGCAGGGCAUCAUUUGGUGUGAGUUUCCAAGACACUGUGCUUGACAGUGAGAGGUUCAACGAGUUAGUCCCUGAGGCACUUGAGAUUUUAGGGAGCUUCUCUGCCUCAGAUUUUUACCCUUAUGUUGGCUGGAUCUUGGAUCGAUUCACGGGUUUACACAAACGUAGAGAGAGAAGUGCACAAGAUCUCGAUGCCUUCUGUGAACAGAUGAUUGAUCUGCAUCUAAAGAAAGGCAAAGAAGAGAAUGAAGAUUUCGUGGACCUUCUCAUGAAGUUGGAAAAGGAAAAAGUUGUUCUUGGACAAGCAAAAUUCACAAGAAACAAUAUCAAAGCACUCCUCAUUAACAUUCUUCUGGCCGGAAUAGAUACUUCUGCAAUAACAAUGACAUGGGCAAUGGCGGAGCUCUCAAGAAACCCACGACUGAUGAAGAAAGUGCAAUCUGAAAUCCGAGAAAAAUAUGGAGACAAAGAACUAAUCAGCUUAGAAGAAACUGAGGAGCUAGAGUACAUGAAAAUGGUGAUUAAAGAAACAUGGAGGCUUCAUCCUACAACCCCUCUUCUGCUUCCAAGACAAGUAAUGACUGAAUUUGAGAUCGACGGCUACAAGAUUCCAGUCAAUACAAGGCUUCAAGUGAAUGUUUGGGCUAUAGGGCGUGAUCCAGAUGCAUGGAAAGACCCAGAAGAGUUUAUUCCAGAAAGGUUUAUGGAUAGUAAUAUUAAUGUGAAAGGACAGAACUUUGAGUUGUUGCCAUUUGGAAGUGGUAGGAGAAUGUGUCCUGCAAUUUACAUGGGGACUAAAAUGGUUGAGUUUGGUCUGGCAAAUCUGCUGAAUCGUUUUGACUGGGAGUUACCACAAGGAAUGAAAUGUGAGGAUGUAAAGAUGGAGGAAGCUCCAGGACUUACUAUUUACAAGAAACAUGAUCUUCUACUUGUUCCGGUUAAGCGUUAAGAUCUUUGGUUUUCUAAAAUAAGUUCAGCAUAAGAUUAUAAACUAGUUCAUGAGUUUUUCAAGAUUAUACAAAAUCAUAACUACCUUUUUCUCAUAAAACAGUAUUUAUUUAAUAUUUUUCUCAACGAAAACAAAGGUUGAAAUUUAUCUAAACAAUAAAACACAUAUUGUAUUGUCUA